AUUCCUGUCUGCAUUCUUACUCCUCAUUCAUCCAUUCAUUCGGCAGUUAUCCAAACAGGGUGUAAAGGUUACUGAUAAAGGAGGUAAGUUAAGGAACGGUUGAGAGGUGGGUGUAGUCCAUUCUAUACCGCCAAUGCCAAUAAUAAAUGUCCCCAUUGUCUCCUUUCACACCCAACCUAAUUCUACACGGCCAAUGCCAAUAAAUGUCCCCAUUGUCUUGUUCCACACCCAACCUUAUUUUACACUUUCUACUCCUUCUACACCACCACCACCACCACCGCCUCCUCCUUUUCUUAUCUGCUCUCUUUCCCUUUUUGCUCUCCUUUUCAUUGCUGCUCUGUUUCAUGCAAAUUCCUUCUCUUCUGAUUUCCCGUCAGUUCCCUCUCUCUAAAUCUCAAUCUCUCUCUCUCUCUCUCUGAAAAUAUCUGCUGAACAGGGUGUUUGCAGGAGAAGUGGGAAAUUGAUCAAUCAAUUUUGUGGGUUUUAAACAAAAUGGUGAAAGUGGGAAUCUUCACAUUGAUGACGGGAAUCGCAGGCCCGAGUGGGUUUGGAUCAGCUUCAACCGCUGAGAAGGUUACUGAUGGGAUUGAUGCCAGUGAUCUCACUGCCAUUAUCACCGGAGGGGCAAGCGGAAUUGGGCUGGAGACUGCGAGAGUUUUAGCCCUUAGGAAUGCCCAUGUCGUCAUUGCAGCGAGGAACAUGGAGGCUGCAAAUGAAGCCAAACAGCUCAUUCUUAAGGACAACCAAGCUGCUCGUGUGGAUGUCCUAAAACUCGACCUCUCCUCGAUGAAGUCUAUUAGAGCGUUCGUUGACAACUUUAACGCUCUAAAUCUCCCGCUUAACCUCUUAAUAAACAAUGCUGGUGUUAUGUUUUGCCCCUACCAGCUAUCGGAAGACGGAAUAGAGAUGCAGUUUGCAACAAAUCAUCUUGGUCAUUUUCUUUUAACAAACUUAGUCCUCGACAAAAUGAAGGAGACGGCAAGAGCUACUGGUAUUGAAGGCAGGAUUGUGAACCUGUCAUCGGUUGCACACCUCCACACUUAUGAAGGUGGAGUAGAACUCGACAAGAUUAAUGACAAAGACUAUUAUUCUGACAAAAAGGCGUAUGGACAAUCCAAAUUAGCAAACUUAUUGCACGCCAAUGAGCUUGCUCGUCGUUUGCAGGAAGAAGGUGCAAAUAUAUCAGUCAACUCAGUGCAUCCUGGGUUAAUAAUGACAAAUCUCUUUAGACAUUCUGGCAUUCUAAUGAGGGUUUUGAAGGCAUUCACUUGUCUCCUAUGGAAGAACGUCCCACAGGGUGCGGCCACAACGUGCUAUGUCGCGCUCCACCCAAAUUUGAAAGGUGUAACAGGAAAGUAUUUCAUGGACUGCAACGAGAUCCCACCAGGCAAGCUUGCCACAGAUAAGGUGUUAGCCAAGCAACUGUGGGAUUUCAGCAACAAUUUGGUUAAUUCAGCUUGAAACCUUCAAAAUACCUCCUCCCGUUCUAUCCGACGAAUCUUCUCUCUACAUCAAUAAUAAAGCUGUUAAACACAGCCAGCCUGCCUGCCUAGUGUCCAUGAGUUCCGGUACUGUAUGUUUUUUAGGGGUCUGCAUCUUGAUGGUGAGAGUUAUAUACAGUUAGUUGCUUGCCUCAAUCUGAAAAUCGCAGUUGCCUAUGACUUCCAAUAAUGGAACAAUCUCUGCAAACUUUACUCGACAGUUAUAUAGAAAGUUUGGGAAUAGACAUGGAUUUCUGCUUUUUGAUAUU